AUGGAAUUGACAAUCUAUUCUAAAUAAUUAGAUCUCAAAUUUGAUAUUAAGAUUAAUAAAUCAAAAAAAGUGAGAGAAAUUGGUUUGAGACUUUUAAAGAGAUUUGGAUAUUCAACUAAAACAUAAUUCUCAAUCUUUAAUGAUGAUUAAUCUUUGGAAUUAGAAAACCUAAUUGAAAUGUAUUCACUUAGUAAAUCAUCAAGUUUACAAAUAAUAUUUACAAAUAAAUUUGAAAUAACUCUAAUACAUAAAUCUUUAGGGAAUAAGGUAAUAAUUAUAGAAGCAUGGGAUUAAUUUACAGAAGUUAAACAUUAAAUAUAAAGAGAGUAUGAAUUACAAUAAAGUUAUGAGGUAUGUCUAAAAACUAGUAAAUAAAUUUAUUGUUUAGAAUUUUUGAUAGUUUAAGAAGAUAUACAUGAAUCUACAAAUAUUUGGUGGGAAGCAUAUGAAAUAAUAAAAUAUGAAUUUGAAAAUAAAUAAUAUUAAAUCAAGAUAGAUGUAUUUGAUAAUUGGGAUAUGAUUAUUAAAUAGAUCAAAUAGGAACGAUAAAUUAAUAAAAUCAUUAGAUUAAAUUAGUUGAUAUCUAAAAAUAUUGAUAUAACAGAGAAAUACUAUCAAUCAAAGUUCUCUCCUGAGAUAAUCUUUUUAAUAGAAACACCUGAAAAAGUCAUACUUUAAAUAGCUUACAAAGAAACAAUAAAAAGUAUAAAUGUAAAAUAGACAGCUACUGUUAAGGAUUUAAUAACGAUAGCAAAAGUAGAAAAUAAUUUAUAAAUUAAAAAAUAAUUUGAUAUCUAUUAUAAAGGAAAUAUUCUUUAAAUAGAUUAGAAUAUUUAAGACUUGAAUUUAGAUUGGAAAUCUCAUUUAGAAUUAAUAGAAUAAAAAAUAAAUAAUAUUCAAGUAUAAUUUAAAAAUAAAAAAUUCAAUCAAUUAUUAGUUAUAUAAGUAAAUCCUGAGUUAUAAUUGAUAACUGUAUUAAAAGAGAUAGUAAAUAAAAAUUGUAAUAUAUAUUGUACAGAUUUCGUUAUACUUAUAGAUUAAAAAAGAAUAGAUUAAAAUUAGUCAUUUUCUGAACUCAAUAUAUAAAAUAAUCAAAUAAUAGAGUAUGAAUGCGAUUCAAUAGAAAUAGAUUUCAUAAUUGGAUCAGAUACAUUAAAAUAUCAUGCCAAGAAAACACAUACUCUCUAAUCUUUAGAGUAAGAAGUUAAAAGUAUUUAUUAAGAUUUAAUACCUUCUAAUUUUACUAUUUUAAAAAAUAGUAAUUAUAGUUGCAAUAAAACAUUGGAAGAAAUAGGUUUAAUAAACUGGAAUGUUAGUUUCACAUUUUUACCAUUAGGUAAAUUGAUUUGUGAAAUUUAGUUUGAAAAUAAAAUAGAAAACAUAGAGUGUUUUGAAUAUAAUACUGUAGAUAUGUUAGAAUAAAUAAUUGCAAAUAAAUAUUAAAUAGAUAGUAAGGAUAUUUAAUCGUUUUAUGGUUAUUUACUACUAAAUAAAGAUCAAUUAUUAAAAAAUAUAAUUGUAAAUACUAGAUUGAAUAUAGUAAUGUAAAAAAAAUAAAAAAUUGAGAUAAUCUUAAAAAAAAUUGAUACAGAUGAAUAAUAAAUUGUUAAGAUUUAUAUAGAUGAUCCUAUUAAAUUAAUAUUAGAAAGAUAAGGAUUAAAAAACAUUUAAGAUAUAUCUUUGGAAGGAUAAAUAAUAGAUCUUAAUAGUGAUUGCUAAUAACUAUAAAUUAAACCUCAUUCUAUAUUGUUUUAUAGAUUAUAAUAAUGA